AUGAAACAAGUGAAGGAAGCUCUAGCUGCGAAGCUGAAGCGACCGGAAGUCACGCGGAACGGUCGCAUGGUGGUGGAGAACCCCAGUGGGGAGCUGCUCCCGGUGCCGGAUGGCCAAAGGCUGGGUGGCAAAAGGCAAGUCUUCAUGGUGGGCAUCACCUUGUCGCCCGCUCCAGCCAGUCCAGCUCCGCGGGGCGCUGCGGCUGCGGGCACCGCGCAGGACGUGCAGCGCUUUGUGACGCCGCUCUCGUACCGCAUGAAGAGGAACAAAGAGAAUUCCGAGGCACCACCGAGUCCAGUGGAUGAGAUCGGGUGGAUGCAGGGCACCGUGAUCCGGGACAAUCCGGAAGGAGUCCUUUCUGCCGCCAGCGGCACCGAAAGCAAGGAGAAUGAGAGCCAGAGCACCGGCAUCGAAGCAGAAGAUGCCGGAAGCGAUCCGGAAUGCUUGACGGCCUCGAAGUCGGCGUGUCGGAUGAUUACGCCGCUGGAGCUCUCGCGGAAGACGGAUGUGCAAAGAAGAGGUGGUGCAGGUGCCAAAGGCAAGGCCAAAGCCAAAGCGCUUCCCAGGCCAAACGUGCCGAAGCCAGGCAAGCCAGGUAUAGGUGCCCGGGCCGACCGGAAAACCACUGCUGGUGAGGCUCCAGCGAGCGACGCAUCGGCCUUUGCCUCAGCUCCUCUUCAGACUGGCCCUCCACAGAGGGUUGUGCGGGCGACAGUGGUUCCGCCCCCGAGCGCUCCAUUGGCACCAGUGCCGCCGGUGCCGGACCUCUCGGCCAGCAUGCCGCUGGCGAGCCCCAGGGGCGCCUACACCGUCUCGGUGCCCAUCGCCUACGCCUCUCGGAUGCCCAGGAGCUCCUCUCCGGCAGGGCUGGGAACUCCAGACAGGCCCAUUGGAGUUCCGACCGUAGCGCUGGCACCCGGAAUUCCCGCCACGGUCGACCCGGUUUCAGGACUGCAGCGGCAGCCUGGCAGCUGCAGCAUGCCUCGAUUCUUUGCGCAGUCCUGCUCGGUGCCAUCGCUCCUAACGACGACCAAGUCGCCUGAGCCUGUGCCAUCCCUGGCACAAGUGGUCAUCCAGCAGUUGAACACACCUUCGCGUGAGGUGCGUCGUUCCAUCGCCUGUCCACUGACCGCCCGCGCGCGCCUCGAGCGCUCAGAGCCGCUGACCGCGGUGGUCGCGUCGCCACGCGCGGCGGCGGUGGUCGCGGUGCCCGGAAUGGCGCGGGGUGCGAGGGCGCAGAAGGGCAGCCCCAGGCGUCGGAUUGCGGACUUCAAGCCCUUGCUGAAGGAGCUCUUUGAGGAUGAGCCGGAAGCGCAAUCUGCGCAGCAGCUGCAGAACCAAAUCGAACAGCUGCAAAAGCUGCAGAAGCUCUUGCAGAGGCAGCAAGAGGGCUUGAAGCAGCAGCAGAAGGCCCAGUCCUAUCAACCGGCCCACCGGGACGCUGCUUCUCCCCGAGGCGGCUCGAAGGUGCCCAAAUCCAACGACGCGGAGCCGAAAGCCACACGGGAUCGGCCCUUGAACCUAGGCGAGGCCAAAGAGCUCCUGAAGGCGUUUCGGGAAAUCGCCAGCUCGAAGGAGUUCCAGCGGACUCUGGGCAACAUUCACAAGCAAGGGCCGGAUUCCGUUCAAAAGAUGCAGCCGAUUUUCAUUGCGCAGUCGUUCAAUCGGACGAUGGCGAUGUAUGACUUCCCUCUGACCACAGAGGGCUACCAGGACAUGGCCAGAGGAAUCGGCAAGCAUGCCUGGAACGUCCACGUGAAAGCACAGGCUCACGAGGUGGAACGCCUCUUGCGCAUGCCUCCCGGCGCCUUCUUUGGCAUCCCCGGCGAGCCGGGCCAGGAGCCCGAGUAUCCGCCCCUGGAGCCGGAUCCGCCGAAGCCGAAAGCGGCGGGUCGCCCGGCCGCGCCCAAACCGGCGCCGAGCAAAAUGGGACUUGUGACUUUUGUACAGGUUGUGGCGCGGCAUGCAGUGGACAACGUAGAGGUCCAGGUGCCGAUUGCUGGAACUCCAACAAUGGCUCGUCGAUUCCGUGGUGCAGCCCUGCUGGUAGCUGCGAUGCGUGAGAUGGCAGCCGGCUUAGCCACUGGGCUGGUUGGUUUGCUGAGCGAAUCUGCUCGCGCAUAUGAUUUGCCAGAUUUGCCCUACGCUUAUGAUGCGCUGGAACCUUCCAUUGACAAAGCGACCAUGGAGUUCCACCAUGACAAGCAUCACCUGACCUAUGUGACCAACAUCAACAAGGCAAUGGAAGGAAAGAGUCAGCCACCCCUUGUGGAACUGCAGAAGUCGGCAAUCAAGGACGGGGCUGCCUUCCGUAACAGUGGUGGAGGUGCAUACAACCACAACUUCUUUUGGUUGGAGAUGGCACCUACUGGCAAGGGAGGGAAACCAUCGGAGAAGUUGUCGAAGGCCAUUGACGACUCCUUCGGGUCAAUGGAUGACUUCAAGGCAAAGUUCGAGGCAGCAGGAGCUCCCGGGGCGCGCUUUGGCUCUGGCUGGGUUUGGUUGGUUGUGACUGAUGACAAGAAGCUGGCCAUUACCUCGACCCCCAAUCAGGACAACCCUUUGAUGGAUGGAGUUGAGGGCACGGCAGGCAUCCCAAUCUUGGGCUGCGACGUGUGGGAGCAUGCCUACUAUUUGAAAUACCAAUAUCGCCGUCCAGACUACAUCAAGGCCUGGUGGGAUGUGGUCAACUGGGAUCAGGUGAGUGCAUGGUAUGAGGAUGCCUUGGGUGGCAAGGCACCCACCGCGGACUCGGCGACUUCCGCUGCAGCCCUGAGCGGCCGCAAGACCUCAUCGUCUUUCAAUUUGAAGUUGGGCUUUGAAGCCAACGUCAGAGUGGAGCUGCCGCAAAAUGCAACCUUCUACGACUGCAAGCAGGCCAUCUCCAAGCUCCUGGGCAGAGAUGAGAUCCUGCGCAAGGGAAGGUUAGUGCAGAAGAAAGGCGGACUCUACUCAGCCUACAAGGCUGGGGAUGAUGAUUUCGUGGGUGAGACGCGACAGGUCUUGGUGCUGGGUGCGGACCUUCAGACCGUCCAACCAGAUGAGCCCAUGCCACCAGUGCACCCUUAUGCGGAUGUGGGCCGACCCCCUUCUCGACCACUGAAGGGAGAGAGCGAUGAUGAGGGGCCUCCAAGACCGCAGCCCUACUCGGUGAGGAGCCGAGUGCAUGAAGAGCUGGAAGCAGCGCCGCGGGUGAACGACCUUCCACAGACUCCAAUGCCCCCGCCACCUCCGCAGCUCCAGCCGAAGCCGACGCCGAAGCCCAAGCCCAAGCCAGUGCCGCGGCCGCCGCAAGAAUACGAGAUCACGAUCAAGCAUGCGGUGGAACCAGGCGAAGUUCAACUAAAGAUCUGGAGCAACUGGACCUUUGCAGCAGUCCGCGAUGCGCUGGCCAAGAAGCUUCGGCGUGAGGAGAUCCAGAAGAGGGCACGCUUCCUGGCUGAGCCAAGCAUUCUUGACUUGGACGAUGAGAUCGUCGGCUGGACGCACGAAGGGCAUCGGCGAGAGGAGCUGAUGUUGCUGGGGGUUGAGCUGGUGGAGCAGGAGGUGUCCAGUGGCCCUGUCUCAGUGGAGCUCACGCGCAAACUGCUGGAGGAGUUUGAAAAGGCCUGCGCGCAGGAGGAGGUCCAAGCGCAGCUGCAGAAGUUAAUCGAUCGCCAGAAGCUCAGCGGGUGUCGUGUGAGGGUGCUUCUUCCAGCUGGACUGAACACACACACACAGUGA